CAGUUGUAGUCCAGUCCCAGUCCCAGACUCAUACAUACAACCACUUGUAGACUUUGUGUGCGUUUGAAUCUCAAUGUGGUAUUUCAAGCAGCGAAAACAGAAACAUAAGCCACAACAACAAAGCGCGCAGUAAAUUGUAAACAUAGUAAAUCAAUUAACAUUCAACAGAUGAUCAUGGAUUUCGAUGAAAUUCUUAACAAGUGCGGCAAUGGAGAGCGCUAUCAAUAUGUGCUACUGGCGCUCUACAGUUAUUUGAUGUUUGUCACGUCCAUGCAUAACUUCUCUCAGAAUAUGAUCAGCUUUGUGCCCGAUCACUGGUGCUACCAUGAUGAGCUGGAAAACAAAAGCAUUGCAGACGUCAGGGCCAUCUACAAUCAGUUCGAGAAUCCAUCGUGCACACGCCUAGCCUUAGUCGAUCCAGAUGGCAAGUCUAGCAUUAUCAGCGAGGAGCAUUGCGAUCGCUGGAUUUAUAACUAUGAUUACGGCUUUAAAAGCAUGAACACCGAGCUUAAUUGGGUCUGUGAUUCCGCCUACAAGGCGCCCGUGGGCCACUCGUUCUUCUUUCUGGGCUCGAUGCUUGGCACUCUGACAUUUGGGUUACUGGGCGAUCGUAUUGGACGCAUACUAGCCCUAAUAUUUGCCAAUCUCUGUGGUUUUCUGGGAGACUUCUCAACCAUCUUUGCCGAUGACCUUACAUCGUUUUCUUUAGCACGCUUUGUCUCCGGCCUGGCGGUGGAUGCAGAUACGUAUCUCAUGUAUAUUCUGGUGCUCGAGUAUGUGUCUCCGGAUUUGAGAAAUUAUGGCCUAAGCAUUGCCAUGGGCAUAUUCUAUUGUAUUGGCAUGAUUACGUCUUCCCUCUUGGCGAUCUAUGUGGGACACUGGAAAAUAUUUUUGGUCUGCUCAUCAUUGCCGCUGGUACUGAUAGUGACCUACUAUUUCCUGGUCCAAGAGAGCGCUCAAUGGCUUAUCACACGCAAUGACAUCAAUGGAGCCGUAAAGCGUCUCAAGCGCGUGGCCAAAUUCAACAGCCGCUCGGUUAGUGAACAUGACUUUGAUGCUUUUCGCAGCUAUUGCCAGUUAAAUGCUCAGGAUAAGGAACAGAAUGCAAAUGGGAAAAAGGCCACAAUAAAGGAUAUUUUCAAAACGCGACACUUGCGAAAUAACAUGAUCUACAUGCUAACUAUUUUUACUAUAAUAACGCUCUGCUAUAAUACGUUGGCUCGCAGCGUGGAAGGUCUGGGCAUAUCGCCGUUCAUCUCAUUCUCGCUAAGUGCACUGACGCUGCCUGUUUCUGGUAUUAUUCAAGCGAAAAUUCAAAGGUCUUUUGGACGCAAGGCGACGUCUAUUAGCUCCAUGUUACUCACUGGACUAUUUACGGCCACCAGCGGCAUUGUUCUGUCGCUCUGGAAGGACCCAAGCGUAUUUCUCUUAGUCUCUUUGAUGCUGCUCUCCCGCUUGGGUAUUUCUAUCGUCUUUGGUGCUACGCUACUGUUUUCAACAGAGCUGGUGCCCACCUGCAUGCGCUCCCGUGGCUUGGCUGUAGCUCACGUAGCUGGCGCUGCCGCCUCCCUGCUGUCACCCUACAUUAUGCACUUGGGCACCUACAUUCGAGCAGCGCCUUCGAUAAUACUCUGCCUGCUUUUCUUCAGCAGUGCUUUUAUAUGCCUCCUUUUGCCGGAGACAAAUAAUCGUAAGCUUCCAAUGACAAUUGAGGAGGGUGAAGAGUUUGGCAAGGGGGAUCGCAUCUUUGGAUUUCUGAGACGCUCACACGAAGAGGCUGACGAUAAAAAGAAUACCGAAACACAUCAGAAAUUAAUGCCUGAAUAAACAAGAUAGUUAAAUCGAAUACAAAUACGCACUACAAUUUUCAUCAAUUAAGAAAAUUAAGCUGUCACGACGCCAAUUCAUUAAAGAGGAAAGUUGGAAAACGCUGUGUUAUCUCGAGACUACAUUGUACCCUGAAACUACAAAUAGAUGUCUAUACUCGCAGAAUUCAAAAAGAGUGCCGUAUUUUACGAUUACAGAUUCUGUGAAUUCCGUAAGUCAUAAAUAAUACAAAAAUUUAACGAAUUUAAGAUUUUAAUAUUAGCUAAACAACAAUGAGAGUUACGUAAAAUUAUCUCUAAUAACGCACUAUUACCGCUUCAUUAUGAUAAUAAUAGCUGUACUCAAAGCUAACUUAAUAAAACCAAGACAUCGUUAAGUUAUAUAUGU